UUUGGACUCUUCAGUCAAACAGCAAUAUGGAUCACCUUCAGUUCACGAGCCUAGUCUUGGCGCUCUCAUUUGUCAGCAGUAGUGUUUUCGGUGGACUUCUUCCGAAUGGUGGAGCUGGAGGUUAUCAGUAUAACCGACCAUCAGGUGGUGUCGGAUUUGGUAGCGACAGGUCUGGAGGAUUUGGUGGAAGGCCUUCAACGUCCUACGGAACACCAGGAGUAGGUGGCGGCGGUGGUUUUGGUGCAGCAAUUGGAGGCGCUGGGUUUGGUGGCAUUCCUUCUGGGUCAUAUGGAACCCCAGGUUUUAAUUCAGGUGCUGGAGGAUACCAAGGAAGUGGUGGUUACCAGGGAGUGGUCGGAUACCAAGGAGGGUAUCAAGGAGAAGGGGGCUAUCAAGGAAGCAACGGCGUUGACAAUGGCAGACCUCGGCCUUACAGUUUCCAAUAUGAAGUACGUGAUCCGCCUAGUGGAAACGACUACAAUCAACAGGAGAGCAGCGACGGAAACGUUGUUCGAGGCGAAUACAGGGUCUUGCUACCGGAUUCGAGAACUCAGGUCGUAAAAUACACAGCAGAUGAUGUAAACGGAUACAACGCAGAUGUUCAAUACGAGGGUCAAGCCCAAUUCCCUAGAGGAGGUGUGGGAGGAUUCCCAAUAGGCGGCGCCAGGGGUGGAUAUCAAGGAGGAUUUGGCGGUGGAUCCCAGGGUGGUAGGGGUGGAUUUGGAGGACCUGCAGGUGGAUUUGGAAGCGGAAUCUUUGGAGGUGGUACCAGCAAUCAAUACCUACCUCCGGACGGUGCAUAUGGAAAGUAACUUCGGCACGCGAUGCAUUUUUAAAUUUCCAAUCUAUAGCCCUCAUCCUGCGACUAUUAUCGGAGUCCAGAUUACGCUUACGGAAUUUACGCUUGUCGCUGCGCUAUACGUGUAUCUUCCAUUUAGCUUGCAAUUUAGACUAAGUCAAACCAUUGUAAGAAAUAUACGCUUGUUUGUUUCACUUA